CUUUUUCUUUUCUUUUUCAUUUUCUUUUAUUUUUUUGGCAACCCACACCCUUCCACGCACACUCACCCCAAAAUUAAACACCAAGAUCCUCUCCCUUGUUUGGAUUGACUGAUGAAGACAUAAAAGCCAGUUUCCGCUCUAUGUUUUUAGAGGUGGAGUGAGUGGUUUUCUUCAUUUUUAAAUGGCCAAAUGACAGCUUGACCCAGUUUGCUUUCCAAUCAAAGGGCAUUUUUUUUUUGAAUGUCUCUUUGUGGCACAAGAGCCAACGCAAAAAUGAUGGCGGCUUAUAAUGGCGGUACAUCUGCAGCAGCAGCAGCAGGUCACCACCACCACCAUCACCACCACCUUCCACACCUCCCUCCUCCUCACCUUCACCACCACCACCACCCGCAACACCAUCUUCAUCCAGGGUCGGCUGCUGCUGUUCAUCCUGUCCAGCAGCAUACGUCUUCGGCAGCUGCGGCAGCGGCCGCAGCGGCCGCAGCUGCAGCCAUGUUAAACCCUGGACAACAACAACCAUAUUUCCCAUCACCGGCACCGGGUCAGGCCCCUGGACCAGCUGCAGCAGCCCCAGCUCAGGUACAGGCUGCCACAGCUGCUACAGUUAAGACUCACCAUCAUCAGCACUCGCAUCAUCCGCAACAGCAGCUGGAUAUUGAGCCAGAUAGACCUAUUGGAUAUGGAGCUUUUGGUGUUGUCUGGUCAGUAACAGAUCCAAGAGAUGGAAAGAGAGUAGCACUCAAAAAGAUGCCCAACGUCUUCCAGAAUCUGGUCUCUUGCAAAAGGGUCUUCCGGGAAUUGAAGAUGUUGUGUUUUUUUAAACAUGAUAAUGUACUCUCUGCCCUUGACAUUCUCCAACCUCCGCACAUUGACUAUUUUGAAGAAAUAUAUGUUGUCACAGAAUUGAUGCAGAGUGACCUACAUAAAAUUAUCGUCUCUCCUCAACCACUCAGCUCAGAUCAUGUCAAAGUUUUUCUUUAUCAGAUUUUACGAGGUUUGAAAUAUCUCCAUUCAGCUGGCAUUUUACAUCGAGACAUUAAGCCAGGGAAUCUCCUUGUGAACAGCAACUGUGUUCUAAAGAUUUGUGAUUUUGGAUUGGCCAGAGUGGAAGAAUUAGAUGAAUCCCGUCAUAUGACUCAGGAAGUUGUUACUCAGUAUUAUCGGGCUCCGGAAAUCCUGAUGGGCAGUCGUCAUUACAGCAAUGCUAUUGACAUCUGGUCUGUCGGCUGUAUCUUUGCAGAACUACUAGGACGAAGGAUCCUGUUUCAGGCGCAGAGUCCCAUUCAGCAGUUGGAUUUGAUCACGGAUCUGUUGGGCACACCGUCACUGGAAGCAAUGAGGACGGCUUGUGAAGGCGCUAAGGCACACAUACUCAGGGGUCCUCAUAAACAGCCAUCUCUUCCUGUACUUUAUACCUUGUCAAGCCAGGCUACACAUGAAGCUGUUCAUCUCCUUUGCAGGAUGUUGGUCUUUGAUCCAUCCAAAAGAAUAUCCGCUAAGGAUGCCUUAGCCCACCCCUACCUAGAUGAAGGGCGACUACGCUAUCACACGUGUAUGUGUAAAUGUUGCUUUUCCACCUCUACUGGAAGAGUGUAUACCAGUGACUUUGAGCCCGUCACCAAUCCCAAAUUUGAUGACACUUUUGAGAAGAACCUCAGUUCUGUUCGACAGGUUAAAGAAAUUAUCCACCAGUUCAUUUUGGAACAACAGAAAGGAAACAGAGUGCCUCUCUGCAUCAACCCUCAGUCUGCUGCUUUUAAGAGCUUUAUUAGUUCCACUGUCGCUCAGCCGUCUGAGAUGCCCCCAUCUCCUCUGGUGUGGGAAUGACGGUGGAGGAUAAUGUACUACUGAAGAUGUCAUGUAGCUUUCCACUGGAGUCUGGGAUUUGCAAUUCUGGAGGUUAAUCAUGCUUGUACUGUAAUUUUACUAAUGAAGUUUUAAAUUAACAACCACUACUUGUAUGAUAUGAAUAAUAUUUAGAAAUGUUACUAGACUUUUAAUCUUGUAAAGUGGUUGUGCUUUUAGAAACAUAUUUUACCCAGAGUUGCACAUGUUUUAUGAAUUCAGUGCAGCUGUUAUGGCU